AUGGCGUCGCUGAGGUACCCCACGCCGCUGCACGCACACGUGGGUCGCGGGGCUUUCCGCGAGGUGUACGAGCCUGCCGAGGACACGUUCUUGCUGUUGGACGCGCUCGAGGCGGCGGCAGCCGAGCUGACGGGAGUGGAACUAUGCCUUGAAGUAGGGUCAGGCUCUGGUGUGGUAUCUGCAUUCCUAUCCUCAAUGAUAGGUCCUCAGGCCUUUUACAUGUGCACAGACAUCAACCCGAAGGCAGCAGCUUGUACCCUGGAGACAGCACACUGUAACAAAGUCUGCCUUCAGCCCAUAAUUACAGACUUGGUCAAAGGUUUGCUACCAAGAUUGAAGGAAAAAGUUGAUCUUCUGGUGUUUAAUCCUCCCUAUGUAGUGACUCCAUCGGAAGAGGUGAGGAGUCGAGGCAUCGAGGCAGCCUGGGCCGGUGGCAGCAAUGGUCGAGAAGUCAUGGACAGAUUCUUUCCAUUGGCUGCAGAUCUGCUUUCCCCAAGAGGAUUAUUCUAUCUCGUUACCAUUAAAGAAAACAAUCCAGAAGAAAUUUUGAAAAUAAUGAAGAAAAAAGGCCUGCAAGGCAUCACUGCACUUUCCAGGCAGGCGGGCCAAGAAAUCCUUUCUGUCCUCAAGUUCUCGAAGUCUGGAUGUACAGGUGUUUGCUGACUUUCUGGAAGCGGAGUCCAUUCAGCAUGUUUGGGAACUGAAGUAAUUCCUGGAUUUAUCCAAAACUUAUCAGAAAGGUUUCAUAGAAAAAAGGUAGAAGAAUGAGGCAUUCCCUUUCACCCAUAGAGAAUAUUCAAGCUUAUAGAAAUCUUUAUGCAACACGCAUAAAUUACAUAUUUAUAUAUAAAAUGUUUUUAAUAUACCAA